AUGGCGAAGGAUGAAGGGGACGACGUGCUGCCGGACAAAGACGCGGCGAAGGGAUUUUACGCCAAGUACGAGCCUAAGGAGAUCCUGGGAAGGGGAAUAUCGUCCACUGUGAGACGGUGCAUAGAGAAAGAGACGGGAAUAGAGUACGCGGCUAAAAUAAUAGACAUCAGCAAUGAGACUCACGAAGAUGGACAUACCAUGAAGGCUGCUACGCUGCAGGAAGUACAGAUACUUCGCAGAGUAGCUGGACACUCAUACAUCAUUGAAUUGCACGAUGUUUUUGAAUCUAGUACAUUUAUAUUCUUAAUUUUCGAAUUGUGCAAGAACGGAGAGUUGUUCGAUUAUCUCACGUCGGUUGUAACGCUCUCUGAAAAGAAGACGCGUUAUAUUAUGAGACAAGUGUUUGAAGGAGUUCAGCAUAUACACAAUCAGGGGAUAGUACACAGGGAUCUGAAACCUGAGAAUAUAUUACUUGACGACAACUUGAAUGUGAAGAUAACAGACUUUGGAUUCGCCAGAGUAUUGAAGCCUGGAGAAAAAUUAGAAGAUCUUUGUGGUACGCCUGGCUAUCUAGCACCAGAAGUAUUAAAGUGCAAUAUGUUUGACAAUUCAGAGGGUUAUGGAUUUGAAGUUGACAUAUGGGCUUGUGGCGUGAUUAUGUUUACGCUGUUAGUUGGCUGCCCUCCAUUUUGGCAUCGGAAGCAGAUGGUUAUGUUGAGAAACAUAAUGGAGGGAAACUAUUCAUUCACCUCUCCGGAAUGGGCUGACAUAACAGAGGCUCCAAAAGAUUUAAUAAGGAAGUUACUAGUUGUUGACCCCAAGAGAAGAAUUUCUAUAAAGGAUGCACUGGAACAUUCGUUCUUUCACACUGUUCUGUGGGAUCAAGACAUCGCUCCUCUAAAACGUUCUCUGUCGUCUAACUCGCGACGUCUGAGUAGGAUAUCUCAAUUAGCUUUGGAGUUGAAGGCUAAAUCGUUCAAUGCGAGGAAGAGAUUCCAGUUGGCAAUUAUUUGUGUGAGAGCUGUUAUUCGUAUUAAACGGCUUCAUAUCACGCCUGAGCCGCUUUCGACACAAGUCGCUUGUACCGAUCCAUACAGAAUAAAAAUUCUGCGAAAAGUAAUUGACGGCUGCGCGUUUCGUGUCUACGGUCAUUGGGUGAAGAAAGGAGAGGGUCAGAAUCGUGCGGCACUUUUUGAAAAUACUCCAAAAACAGAAUUGAAGCACCUAUACGUUAGUAAUUUAAGUAGAUAACUAUUACUUUGUUAAACUGCUUUAGUUAAAUUAACCAGUACGGGAAUCUCGCGAUGGUCCUAAUGAAAUAUGAUGAAGUAUCAGACAGAUAUAUGAUUAUAUGAUUAUAAAAUAGUCGAAACUCUGAAAUUUUUUCUGAGAUUGAAAUAUAACGGAUAAAUAGUACUCGGACUGAUCAGAUUUUUACUAAAAUUUAUAUCUAUAUAUGGUUGUCUGCGGUGCUUUGGUUUUAAUAAAAAUAAUUGGUAUGUUGAAAUUAGAAUUUACCGAAAAAUUUUGUAUAAAAUAUUUAAACUUUAAGGCUCCUGCCUACUUGCCGCUUCUAUCCUUGUUCGAUGAUGUCAGAAACGGCGAAUAGGCAGAAGUCUUAAAAUAGAGAAUGCACAACAUUUUCUGAUAAUAUUUUUAAACAUAUAAGUUUUACAAUAUAACAAUACGUUGUUACUGCCACAUAUGACAUUGUGGUGGGGAGAUGAUUUUAUUAGAAAUUAUUUAAAUCCUUGGUCUCUAUUCAAAGAAAAACAUUUAAUUAUAAAAAAAAGAUGUAUUUCUAUACAAUAGCUAUAAUAGUUAUAAUAAAUAGCUAUAAUACUUUGUGACAUACUUAUUACAUAAUAUAGAACGUAUAUGUAAAGUUAACACGUUUUAUUUUUGCAGAAUCUAAAAAUAUUCCAGGUUAGCGCUAUAUAUAAAGAUGUUUUCAGAGAUCCAUUUAUAGAUUAAUUAGAGGAGAUAAUACUUCAUGUAAAAUCUAGUCACAAUUUUUUGUACAAAUAAACUUGUCUUAAAGCA